AUGUGGUACGUAUUGGAACUGAGCCUUCUUCUUAUUUGCAUCCAGGGAGCAUUAUCACUCUAUGAAAGGUACAAGUUAAUGCGAUUACAACCGGAAAAUGAAAGUGCAACCCAUGAAAUCUUUGAUUUGGUUAGAAGAAAUGGAGGCCUGUACGAAAUUUGGAGGGCACAACGAAAGGAACCGGCACAUAUCUAUCUCUCAGUUGCUCCAGAUGGCAUGCAAAGACUUCAGAAAAUCUUACAAAAGUACAAUGUUCCAAGUGAAGUUCAGAUCGCUGACAUCAAUGAGUUCAUUGCUGCAACGGAGCAACAGCACACUCGAAAAAGGAUACCUAGGUCCCCGAGGAUCAUGUGGCGAAAGGAACACGACAACUACAGAACAGUACGGGAAAUUGAGGCCACGUUGGAAGAACUGACUUCCAAAUAUCCUUUCGUACAAUUGGAAACCAUCGGCCAAACCUUUGAAAAUCGCUCUAUAAAGGCUUUAAAGAUUUCUACUGACCACUCAAAGCCCAUAAUCUGGAUCGAUGCCGGGAUGCAUGCUCGUGAGUGGAUUGCCCCGGCCGCCGCCAUGUAUUUCGUUGAUAAACUUUUAACUCCUGGGGGACAGUCAUUGUUGAAUGACUACCAGUUCAUUGUCGUCCCCUUGGUGAAUCCGGACGGCUACGCUUACACCCACACGACGGACCGACUCUGGCGCAAGAACAGGUCACGGAGACAUGGGGAAAGUUGUGUCGGAGUCGAUUUAAACAGAAAUUUUCCUUUAAAUUGGGGAGUGGGAGACGGAAGUUCCAUAUGGGCCUGUGACAGCACGUAUAUGGGUAAAGAACCAGCUUCAGAACUGGAGUCCAAAGCAGUCAUUAAGCACUUGACGGAGCGAAAGGAUCAGCUGGUGUUGUACCUUAAUCUGCACUCCUAUGGUCAGUACAUUCUAACCCCUUUCGGGUACUCCAGAUUUCGAUAUCCAUCGAAUUAUGAAAAUAUGCUGGCUUUAGGUCGAAUGGUACAGGAGGAAAUCAGAAAGCGACACAACUACCACUAUCGAGUGGGUUCCGCAGCGGAUCUCUUGUAUGAAGCAUCUGGUGGCAUCGACGACUACGUUGCAGGUGUCUUGGGCGUUCCCUACACAUACACCAUGGAGCUGAGUGACGAAGGGCGCUACGGAUUUCUGCUACCGCCAUCGUACAUACGCACAGUGGGCAAACAACUGUGGACAGCAGUCAAGGAGGUGUUUGAUUUGUGGAAAGCAGAACGAGGCAAGGAGAAUACCAUACAGAUAUUGGUCGCUCCCAGGGGGAUGAAAAGACUGGACGAUUUGGUUAGAAUGCUCGGUAUUACGAUGCAAAUAACGGUAAAUGACUUACAAGGGCUUAUAACUCAACAAAACAAAGAAGCCCGUAGCAGAAGGAGCACAGUGAGAGGUUCCGCAAGACGAAGGUACCACUAUAAAUCCUUGCGAGAACUCAAUGACAAAUUACAAAGGUAUGCUAAGCGGUACUUCUUCGUGCACCUGGUGGAGAUCGGGAGAACAUACGAAGGACGCCAACUGAGCUUGUUACGGGUUUCCAAAAAUCCGUGGAAGCCAAUCAUCUGGAUCAACGCUGGCAUGCACGCCCGUGAAUGGAUAUCGACGGCUGCAACACUUUAUGUUUUAAGACAGCUGCUCACACGACAAGGACAAAGGUUGCUGGAAAACUACCAAUUCAUUUUCGUUCCCAUGGCGAAUCCAGAUGGAUAUGCCCACUCUAUUGAGCAGAAACGCACGUGGAGAAAAAACCUAUCACGCCUACCGAACGAACGAUGUCGUGGAGUGGACCUGAACCGCAAUUUCAACUUCCACUGGGGAGAGGGCGAAAAUGUCGCGAGAGACCCUUGCAAACCCGAAUACAUUGGACAACACGCAAACUCGGAACUGGAAACCAAGGCGCUGCAGGAGCAAUUAGAUGCGUAUAAAGAUGGUAUCACAAUCUUUAUCGAUGUGCACUCCUAUGGAAACCAUAUUCUGAUUCCUUUCGGUUAUUCACAAGAAGUGUUCCCUUACAACUACAGAAAUAUGGUUCGUCUGGGUCGAAAAAUACAGCAGAGGCUCUUUCAGCGUCGAAAUUACGAGUACCAAUUUGGGCGUUCAUCAGAAUUGCUCUACAUUACAGGAGGGGGAAUAGAUGACUAUGUCUCUGGUGUGUUACGUGUGCCAUACGUCUACACUAUUGAACUACCCAGCAAGACGGGGACCGGUGGUUUUAUUACGCCAAUUUCAGAUAUCCCAUUCGCUGGAGGACAUUUGUGGACUGUGUUGAAAACGUGCACGGAUAACUUGUAG